AUGUCGGGUUGUGAAGAAGAAUUAGCAACAACAGAAGCACCUUUUGAUGAUUGCCUUCAAGUCCGAAAAUGGUGGUGUUUUCUAUUAUCGAGUAUAUUUACAUUUCUUGCCGGGCUUCUCAUUGUUCUUUUGUGGCGAGCUUUUGCGUUCAUUUGUUGCCGUAAAGAGCCAGAACUCUCUCCAAAUGAUCCGAAACAGAAGGAGCUCAAAGCCAAUCGUGGCAAACAGGAGUUUGAGGGGACUUUUAUGACAGAAGCCAAGGACUGGGCUGGAGAACUUAUAUCAGGACAAACAACCACUGGCCGUAUUUUGGUGGUUCUUGUUUUUAUUCUUAGUAUCGCAUCACUCAUCAUUUACUUUAUCGAUGCAACACAUGAAAAAGUGGAACGUUGUCAAAAAUGGAGCGACAAUACUACACAACAAAUCGAUCUUGCAUUCAAUAUAUUUUUUAUGGUGUACUUUUUUAUACGAUUCAUAGCAGCAUCUGAUAAAUUUUGGUUUAUGUUAGAAAUGUACAGUUUUGUCGACUAUUUCACAAUACCCCCGUCCUUUGUGUCGAUAUAUUUAGACCGCACGUGGAUUGGUCUUCGAUUCCUUCGAGCACUACGACUUAUGACCGUUCCGGAUAUCUUACAAUAUCUAAAUAUACUUAAAACAUCAAGCUCUAUUCGUUUAGCGCAAUUAGUAUCAAUUUUUAUAUCCGUUUGGUUAACAGCCGCUGGAAUCAUUCAUUUGCUUGAAAAUUCUGGCGAUCCAUUGGAAUUUAACAAUCCUCAUCAAUUGUCAUAUUGGACAUGUGUUUAUUUUCUCAUCGUAACGAUGUCAACAGUGGGUUAUGGUGACGUAUUUUGUGAGACAGUUCUUGGCAGAACAUUUUUGGUAUUCUUCUUACUCGUCGGUUUGGCGAUAUUUGCAAGUUGCAUUCCUGAGAUUAUCGAUUUAAUUGGAACGAGACCAAAGUAUGGGGGAACAUUAAAAAAUGAGAGGGGGCGUAGACACAUCGUCGUUUGUGGACAUAUAACUUAUGAGUCUGUAUCGCAUUUCCUGAAAGACUUUCUGCACGAAGAUCGAGAGGAUGUGGACGUGGAAGUUGUAUUUCUUCAUAGGCACGUUCCUGGUCUUGAACUCGAGGGCCUUUUCAAAAGACAUUUUACUACGGUGGAGUUCUUUCAAGGCACUAUCAUGAAUCCAAUUGAUUUACAGCGAGUCAAGGUUCAUGAAGCUGAUGCCUGUUUAGUGUUAGCCAAUAAGUACUGUCAAGAUCCCGAUGCAGAAGAUGCUGCCAACAUUAUGCGCGUUAUUUCAAUCAAAAAUUAUAGCGAUGACAUUCGUGUUAUUAUUCAGUUAAUGCAAUAUCAUAAUAAAGCAUAUUUACUCAAUAUUCCGUCGUGGGAUUGGAAGCAAGGAGAUGAUGUCAUUUGUCUAGCAGAGUUAAAAUUGGGCUUCAUUGCACAAAGUUGUUUGGCGCCUGGUUUUUCAACGAUGAUGGCUAAUUUAUUUGCCAUGAGAUCAUUCAAAACGUCCCCUGAUAUGCAAAUAUGGCAAAAUGACUACUUGCAAGGUACCGGAUGUGAGAUGUAUACUGAAACCCUUUCACCUUCAUUCACCGGAAUGACUUUUCCACAAGCCUGCGAGCUUUGCUUCACAAAACUCAAAUUGUUAUUGUUAGCGAUAGAAAUAAAAGGCGGAGAAGAGGGUAAUGAUAGUAAAAUUUCAAUCAAUCCACGUGGUGCGAAAAUAUUAGCAAAUACACAAGGAUUCUUUAUUGCACAAAGUGCUGACGAAGUAAAAAGAGCUUGGUUCUAUUGUAAGGCAUGUCAUGAGGACAUAAAGGAUGAAACUCUCAUAAAGAAGUGCAAGUGCAAAAACUUGGCUUUAAUGAGGAAAAAGUUUCGAGCUCCUCCUUCUCCAUCAAAAGUAAUAAGUCCAUCAAAUGAUCAUCCUGCCGCACCAACAUAUACUCCUCCUGAACUUCCUAAAAGAGUCCAUGUGCGGGGAUUAACUGGGGACGUAACACGAGAGCGUGAUGAAAUUAACCUCAUUAAUCGUAAUAGACGAAUGCCAUCAGUAAGCUCGGGUUCUCAUCAAAUGUUAAAUUCCAUACAAACAAAACAAGUUAACAAAGUUAAACCAAACGUUAAUCGACCACCAAAUGGUGCUGAAGGUGUUGUCGUGUCUCCAUCCUCAUACAAUCGACCUGCGGAAACGGAAGCAAAUCCAUAUGCGGGAUAUCAACUAGCAUAUGAAGUCAAAAAGCUCAUGCCUACUGCUCGUGGAGGAUCAGGAACUCAGAAUACAAACGGAGUGACGCUACAGGCCGGAAUCGCAGAUGAUCAGUCUAAAGAUUUUGAUUUUGAAAAGACAGAGAUGAAGUAUGAUUCGACAGGAAUGUUUCAUUGGAGUCCAGCUAGAAGUCUUGAAGAAUGCAUUUUGGAUCGAAAUCAAGCAGCAAUGACAGUAUUAAAUGGACAUGUUGUUGUGUGUUUAUUCGCUGAUCCUGACAGUCCACUCAUUGGUCUCAGAAAUUUAGUUAUGCCUUUACGUGCAUCAAAUUUUCAUUAUCACGAAUUAAAACAUGUUGUUAUUGUUGGUUCUGUUGAUUACAUUCGUAGAGAAUGGAAAAUGUUACAAAACUUACCAAAAAUAUCUGUGCUUAAUGGAUCACCACUUAGUCGCGCUGAUUUACGUGCCGUGAAUGUAAAUUUAUGUGAUAUGUGCUGCAUUUUAUCAGCAAAAGUGCCAUCAAAUGAUGAUCCAACGUUAGCUGAUAAAGAAGCAAUUUUAGCAUCUCUUAAUAUAAAAGCCAUGACAUUUGACGAUACAAUUGGUGUACUGAGUCAGCGAGGUGAGCAAGACAAUCUAACGCCGGUUGGAAGUCCAAUCGUACUACAAAGACGUGGAUCUGUAUAUGGUGCAAAUGUUCCAAUGAUUACUGAAUUAGUAAAUGACAGUAAUGUGCAGUUUCUCGAUCAAGACGACGAUGACGAUCCUGACACAGAACUUUAUUUAACUCAGCCGUUUGCAUGCGGUACUGCUUUUGCCGUCAGUGUAUUAGAUUCAUUAAUGUCGACGACAUAUUUUAAUCAAAACGCCUUAACAUUAAUUCGUUCGUUAAUUACCGGUGGUGCAACACCUGAAUUAGAACUGAUUUUAGCAGAAGGUGCUGGACUUCGUGGUGGAUAUAGUACACCCGAGAGUCUUAGUAAUCGAGAUCGUUGUAGAGUGGGUCAGAUAUCACUUUAUGAUGGACCAUUGGCACAAUUUGGUGAAGCUGGUAAAUACGGCGACCUCUUCGUUGCUGCUUUAAGAUCAUAUGGAAUGCUUUGCAUUGGACUUUACCGAUUUCGUGAUACAAGUUCGAGUUGUGAUGCUAGUAGUAAACGUUAUGUAAUAACUAAUCCACCAGAUGACUUUCAACUACUGCCAACUGAUCAGGUCUUUGUUUUGAUGCAAUUUGAUCCUGGAUUAGAGUAUAAACCUCAAACAAGGCCAAAUGCACAAAAUUCAGGCGGUGCAGUAGGAAUUAACACAGGAAAUAUUGUUAGUAGUACUCGUCAAAACAAUAAUCAAGUAAAUCAAGUAGGAGGUGGUGGAUCAAACAAGGAUGACAACUCUUGA